AUGGCAGGAGAAAAUUCUUCCCUCAAGCUCGCCAUUGCUCAGUUAGAAAGAGAGCAGAUAGACCUCCUACGACUUAUUCUCCACUUGCGCGAUCGCUUAAAGCAAGUUUCCAAGGAGAACGUGGAAUUGGCCACAAGGGCAGCCCAGACUAGGGCAGCUGUGGAAACAGCGAAGAGUCAACUAGCCACGGUAUGUGAAUCACCCUAA